AUGCUUUCCUCUACUGAGACCAUUGAUGUCAUCGCAGAGACAUUGCAGGUUCACAAAGUUCCUAUUGUUGUGCUUGAUCCGGUCAUGGUUUCCACUAGUGGAUCACAAUUACUACCAGAGAGAGCAGUCAAGGAAUUAAGAGCAAAGUUACUUCCCCUUACUACCAUUUUGACACCCAACAUUCCAGAGGCCCUGCUUUUGUUGAAGGACGCUGGUGCAGAGGUCCCCGAGCCAACAGACCUCGAUGAAAUGAUCGAACUUGCCAAGAAAAUUUGCUCUUUGGGUCCUCAGGCGGUACUUUUGAAGGGCGGUCAUCUUCCUCUGACAAAGGAUCAUAAGAUAUCCCAUGAUCCGAGAGAGGCGACUAAUGUGGUCGAUAUUCUUUUUGACGGAAAGACAGCGACCUUGUUUGAAACUGAGUUUUUGACAUCUAAGAAUACCCAUGGCACAGGCUGCUCGCUUGCUUCCGCCAUUGCUGCUAACCUGGCAUCCGGAAAGGACCUGAUCAGAUCUGUUCGCAAUGCCGUACGAUUUGUCGAGUACACAUUGGACCGCCCAGAUGUGCAACGAGUAUGGCAGGAGUUCACUCACCAUGACUUUGUCAAGGGUAUGGGUCAAGGUGAUCUGCCUCUCGAACACUUCAAGGCCUAUCUCGUGCAAGAUUACCUCUAUCUGUCGGCCCAAAUCGUCCUUCAUAUUCAGCGGGAAAUGGCAUUGCACAUUGACUACUGUACCUCUUUUGGUCUUUCAAAGCAGGAGAUGGAAGACACACCCGAGACCAUCGGUAGCUAA